AUGUCCGCGUCUCACGAUGGUGCACUCUCAGCUAGACGAAAGAGCUUUGGCUUCUUUACCCGACCGACGAUGUUGCCCGAAAUCGAACCAGCUUCAACAUGGUCCUCGAGAGAUCAUGUCAUAAAGCAGAGGCCGAAAUCCGCAUUCUUCAGUAAUGGUGCUGGUGAUUAUCAGGAAUACACCACGGUUGUAUCGAGCAACCUUGGCACCCAUGCCCGUCCCCGAGUUCUUACAAAGAGCCCUGCACAGCGGCCGAAAUCGAUGUUUGGAUCCUUGAGAUCCCGGGAUCGGGAUCCUGGCAGCCCUGUGAUUGGGAUGCAUUUCGAAUCCUCCGGCAGUUCCUCGAUCGAUUCCUCGCAAUCAGAUAACGUUCCGAUCAGUCCUAGCAAUAAAUUCGUGGUAUACUCGGGGGAGGUUAUUUCUACGGGUGGCUUGUUGAGGAGAAAGAAGGAGUUUAUGGUUUUGACAAAUGAGGAAUUGUUGAGGUACAAAUCGGAGCACAAAGCGAGUGAAGCCUUUGGGAUCCCGACAAGGUCUCCAACAACAGGCAGAGCUCCCUCGAUAGGUUCAGUGGGGGAAUUGAGCAACGAGCAUUCAUUAGUCACCUCAGCGAUUCAAAUAGUUGCGGUGUACAGAUAUGGUGGAGAUGCGGAUUUAGCAUGCACAGUUCAAGUAGAUCACCUAGACGAUGCGAACGGAACACCCUCCUCCACGGUACUACAAGUGUCAACGCCCCAGGAAGCUCAAGGAUGGUUGGAAAUAUUGAGACAGGUGACACAUCUUGCGAGAACCGCCAAAACGCCCCCUCCAUUCUCAAAUUCCACGGUUGAACACAUUGCUCGUCGUUUGGAGGCAGAGAAGGACUACUCACCCUCACACUUUCAGAUAUUCCGAGUGGUUCAACGGGCUGGUAAGAUGAACGGCCAUAAAGCUGGAUCUUCCGAAGACCUUCAGAAAAUGUAUUCGACGAUAUGUUACCUUGCGAUCCGUCAGGCCUCGGAAUACCUAAGGCCGAAUUACCUCAUCACGCCCUUUAUAGGUCUUCCAGAAUACCUGAAUGAAGCAGCCUUGCCAGAUAUUCCCUGCACCCCCGGUGACGAUUUCAAUGGAUUUGACCGGACAUUAUCUGCUUAUUGUACUGCCUACGAUCUCGAUGCGUCGAACAUUGUUUACGGCGUUCAUAUGGAAGUAGAAGAUGCGCCGCAGUUCGUACUUUACCCACCAGCAUUCUCCCGGAGACGGCAAUACACGGAUCUGGAAUUGUUGGCUGUCAUGAGAUCUUUGCGAUGGAAUGAGUCGUUUUGCUCAAUCUCCUUCAGGGGAAUUAACCUCGAGACUUUGCAUAAAGUACACGAUAUUUAUGGAUCCGAGUAUGAGCCAUUAACGGAUCGUUCAAAUCAACCAUUGAAUUUGAAGGCGACGGGUGGGAAGAGGAGUUCGCUGUUGAUACAUGAGCUCAGGGCCUUGGCGCUUUACAGUGGAAAGUUGAGACUACUAGACUUUUACGAGUGUAUGAAAAGGAAACCGCGUGUUGGGGAGGGUGCCGGGGGUUCUACAACCCAGAACGGAUGUGGUAUCUUGGAGGCCAUCAUGCCAUUGUGCAGGAGGGGUUUGACAAAUGUUGACUGGUUUGAUCUCACGGGUAUUGAGUUGGUUGAAUCAGAUCUUGACUGGCUAGUGGAUGCAGCUGCCUCUAAACUUGCACAUUUUCGUGGAUUUGAGCUCGCACGAUGCGGUUUGACUGAGAGAUUUCUGACGCUGUUUAUGAACUCUUUAAUCACACAUGAGAACACCCUGGAAUCCUUGGACCUGAGCGGAAAUCCUGGGCGGAUUCAUGCUCCGAGCUUCAAUAACAUCAUGUCCCAUUUUCCUUUCUUGCGCAGAUUGAACUUAUCAAGGCUUUUAAGGACCGCUGGUGACGACGCUCUCCUUACAGCGGAGACAUUAUUGAGAUGGAGAUUGGAAGAUUUGGAUUUAAGUGAAACAAAACUCAACAAUGAGACAAUAGAUGCUGUUUCGGCCUACCUGGCCAGCCCACAAUCAGAUUCCCUUCAUCAUCUGACGCUCACUCAAUGCGGCCUAACAUCCAAAGAUAUUGCUAUAUUCAUGCAUUCUAUGUCUCGAUCUCCUGGGAAACCUAGAAAUCUUCAUCUUUAUAUUGGGCAAAAUCAAGUUGCUAUACAACAUGACAAGCUUCUUGAAUGUAUCAGAAAUGGCAUUACACCAACCCAUUUAACAAUGAGGAUGGUUGAUUAUCCCAAGGAAGAUAUGUUUAGGGAAUUGAUGGAUGCAUUGAGGGUCAAUAAAACAAUUUCAUUUCUGGAUCUGUCCAAAGUCUCCUUGCCCUACGAGGCAGGCCAGGAAACCUGUAACGCCAUGGGAGAGAUGUUUGCCAAGAACACAUCAUUAAAGGAAUUGGCACUUUCAGGGGAGCAAGGUGUUCUCGAGAGCGCCAGAUUGGGGGCAGGCUUGAAUAAGCCACUUGGGCGCUUGGCAGAGAAUAAAACCUUGGAGAUUCUAAGGAUUGAAUUACAAUCAUUAGGAACUCCUGGGGCGAUGGAGUUGGCUUCAAUGUUGACCAAAAAUACAGCCCUUCGGGAACUUUACUGCGAAAUGAACGAGAUUCACCUCCAAGGCUUUAGCGCCAUUGUCAAUGCAUUGGAGAAGAACAAAACUUUACUUUACUUCCCCCGAAUGGAGCGCGAUAGGGCUGAACACGUCAAGUGCCUCAAGGACAAGCUUUUCCAGCCAACUGAUGCCGAAAAAUCGAAGAAGGAGCUCAAAAUGAAGAGCAGCUUGGGUUUGAGAAGGAUGAGCAAAUCGGAAAAGAAGAAGGUAUCAUUUGCCGAUGAUUCAUCGGAGGUCGGGGCGGAGCAAAACCUUACCCUUCUUGAGGAGAAGUGGGAGAGUGAGACUCAAAGAAUGCAAUUCCUCCUCGCAAGGAAUCUGGAAUUGCAUCAUUCAAAGCUGGUUCAAAAACGUCUACAUGCCCCACUUGGUUCUCAGCUUUGA